ACUGCACACUGUUGUGCUGCUGUACUGUUAAUUUUCGCUGGCUGAGCUGAAGUGCGUUGCGUUUACUGCAAUUCGACAUCGAAACUAAAGGACUUUUGAAAAUAUUUGUGGAGCUUGAAUAAAUUCAAUUAGACUGACAUCAUGCCUCGUGGUGCCCCUCGAUCUGCGAGCCGUCGCUCAGACAUCAGCGAUGUUGAUGCUGAUCAACAGUUGGCUGAAUCUGAGCUGAGCAAGCUUCAGCGGCAGUACCGUAUCAUGGAAGGCGAUCGCAAUGCUUACAACAUUGAAUCCCAAGACCUUAUAAGGCGCCAACUUAAUGAGAUCAAGACUUUGGAAGCAGAGAAAGAGGAGUUGAUGAAAGAUUUCAAAUUAUCCGACAGCCAGACCAACCAGUCAAGAGAUGGAGGCAAUGUUGAUAAGCUUAAUGCCCUUCUGGAUGAAAGAGAUAAUUUCAUGCAGCAAGUGAAGGACGAGAAGGAUAAGCAGGCGGAACUGGACACCAAGAUCCGCAAGAAGGAGAAGGAUAUUCGUGAGCAGCACAAGUGCAUGGGAGGUGUGCAUGCGAGUCAACAUCAUACGCAGAAAACCAUCAAAGCUAUCAGAGUCAAGGAGAACAGAUUGCACCAGGCCAAUGAGAAGUUCAAUGCCAUGCUGACGGAGAAUGCCAGCCUUCGUGAGGAGAUCGACAGCUUUAGAGUGGAGCGUACUCGUUAUGAAAACAUCCGCAAGAAGCUUGACAAGGAGAAGUCUGACUUGAGACAGGAGAUUGGCGAGGUGAUUGACCAGUCGACCCAGGCCUACGACUCCAGGGACGAAGCCCAGGCCAAGAUGAUCCUCCUGAAGGAGAAAGCCGAUAAGGACAUGGCCCAGCAUCAGCAGGAGAUGAAGGAGCUCCAGCGGAUCAUCGACCACGACAAGAAGCUCCGGGAGUUCAUGAACAUCAAGGGCAAGGAGAGGGAAGAGGAUGACUACCUCAAGGCAUGGAGACAGAAGAAAGAAUUGGAAGCUGCAGACAAGCGUCGCCGUGAGCGACAGGAAGACUCUAUCGAGGCGUACGAGGCUGCCUUUGAGCGCAUCUCGGAGAUCACCAAGGAGGAUGACCUGGCUCUCUUGGUCAACAAGUUCAUUGAGACGGAGGACAGGAACUUUGCUCUCUUCAACUUCGUCAAUGAGAAGAACAAUGAGAUGGAGAUGCUUUCGGACCAGAUUGAAGAGAUUAAGGCAGAGAUGCGCGAGUUUGAACACCAAGGAUCUGAGAUGGAAGCCGAGCGUAAGGCAAUCUUGAAGGACCUAGAGGAGAGGCAGGUUGCUGCCACCAAGAAUGCCGAUGAAAAUGAUGCCAAGGCAAAGAGUGUUAACAAGAUCUUAGACCAGCUCAAAGGAGGUGUGAACUCACUAUUCACCAAGACGAACUGCGACAGUUCAAUGAUCACCAGUAUGCUCGGCAGUGCAGCGGGAGUUACUGACGAUACCAUCAUGCAGUAUCUUGGGUUGGUUGAACAGAGGACCAACGAACUCCUCACUGUCAGCAUCUACCAAGAUGGCAAGAAUGCUGAUCAGGUUGAGUCCAAGGUACCAGGCCUUCUUGGUAAGGGCCCCAUCGCAGCUCCUGCUCAGCUCAACAUUCUACCGCCCUCUACAGGCGACGAGUAUGACAGCGAUCAAGGAUCUGAAAUGAGCGACGAUGAUAAUAGACCGCUCACGCAAAAUGAACUCAAGCAGAAGAUCAUGAAAGGGGUUCUGAAGCGAGAGGAAGCCGCCAAGAAGAAGGGCUUUCAGUAUGACCUGUCAGGAGCCAAGGAGUUAAAGCAAAAACAAGCCAUCCCAGACAAGAAGAGAGGGCCCAAACAUUAAGAGUAUAGUUUGUAUUAAACAUGAAUAUGGAGAUGAUUUAUAUAUUGCACACUUGGUCUUCUAGCUGAUGGUCUAAUUCUUAGAUCGUCCAAGGCCCUCCGCACAACUUACGACUGGUCCCCAGUCUGAUUUGGAGCAAAUUGCAUUUUGCUUAUUCCAUAAUCGGGUCGCAGACCGAUCAUAACGUACGAUGGCCUUAAAUUGAUCAUGGCUUACCCUAGUCCCUUUAUUUUCAAUUUUGGUCCAACUUAGUUCAACUGUAUCACUUCUCAUUUAGUCUAAUGCCUAAAAUGGUCUAAUUUCCAUCCCGUCUACUAGUUAUUUUGCACCUUGUCUGAUGAAAUGUUGGUUGAAGAGCAAGUUCAUCUAAUCAGACAGAUUUAUGGAGUGUUGGAAGAAACUUGCAAUCACUUGCAAGUCAAUUUUGGAUGCCAAAAUGAAUCAUAACUCCCUGGAACUUAAUUGCAGGUUUGCACUCAAUUGCUGGUGUGCUUUUUUAAACAAGAAGUUUGUUUACUCUAAUUUAUUUACUCUAUCGCUUGUGAGUUUGCAACAAAUAUUUGCAGUUUAUGUCAAAUAUUUUCGUUUAACACACCAUAAGUGAUGUUAGAGCAAGUGGAUGUUAGACGAAAUGGGUGUACCCUUACUAGAAAUUAGAAAAAUUGGUAAAUAGGCUGAAUGGCAAUUAGACCAAAUGGUUGGUUGGGUAGACAAACUAGGAAUAGACAAUAUGAUGGAUGAGAUGAAAUGGGUAGUAGACAACAGUGGAAGUAGACCAAGUGGCAAUUUACCUUUUAAAGGCGACCGCACACCUUACGAUUGGUCGGCGACCCGGUUUCAG